GUUGCGGCGAAUGCAAACGACGACUGGCUCGCGCCGCUCUGAGCGCCGCUGCACUUUCGAAGCUCCCGUCUUUCACGCAGCUCCGUAUACCGGGAGCCGUUUGAAUUGUAAAUCUCACUCCUAUAGGCCACUUAACUGCAGACUCGAAGUGGGAUUUGUGCUCUUUUUAGCUCGAGCGCAAGGCUCGCCCGUUAUUCGACCGGUAUUUUCGUCUCUCGGCAGCGGCUGUGACUCCGCACGUUCCAGCGAUGACCGGCGACUUCCUGACGACGGCCUUUCCCGUUGUAUUGGUUUUGGUUGCGAGCGACAAGUUCGGGGGAGAGCGAACGCUCACGCUGGAGGUGUUUCCCGAAUUCAAGCAGUACAACGUCAGCCUGUGGAAGUCUCGUGGGGGCGCAUGCGGAGACAACGCCUCUUCGAGCAUCGUCAGCUGGAAACGAGAGUACCUUGAGUCUUCCGCUGUUGUCCGGUAUGACGGCCUUCCAGAAGGACAGUACUGCAUCACGGUGGAUCCUAUUACUGCGCGCUGUUUCCCUUCAAACUUUUGUUACAGACUGACUACCUCCACUUUUCACAUCAAAGGAAUUAUGCCUUAACAUGCGCAGGAGUUCGGAGACCAGGAGGGCAGCUUUGAGUGACUACGAGCAUUGCUGAGUACCGCCGUCAGGAGCAAAUAAAAAACAGCCGAGCUGUGGAACAGACGAGGGGUCACGGAUUAUCGUCGGAGUAUGUCGUCUGAUGGACGCCUGGAGAGCGGAAGGAGGCCGCCUAUGAGUUCGAGAUUUCUGCAGUGGUUCACGAGUCUCGGUGACGCAUUAAACAACUCAGCGAGUCUUUAUGUGUACACUCCGUGUGCUGUUUUUACAGGCUCGAGCCAGUUGAUGAGUACUUGUCGCCUUAACGGCGUCGUCAGCUCGGUGUGAAGCUAGAAACUGCGCAAUGCAGUUUCCAUAGUACCGCUAACGACCUGUCCUCAAAUCGAAGGCUGGUUUUGUUCACCAGAGCUUCCACUGAUAAAUGUGGCCCGUCUUAUUGUCAUGGAGGUAGCAAAGAAAAGAAUUACCCAACCUUUGCCCAUUGCCCAACCACAGAACCCAACCCAUUGCCCAUCGAAGCCAA